UCAUACAUACGGACCGCUCGUGAGCCCCUCUGGGAUUCAGCGUCGGUGACUCGGUUAGCAACUCGUGCGAGUUCACCGCGCGUCAACAUUUUAAAGAGACAGACAGAGACAGAGAAAGAGAGAGAAAGAGAGGUUGAUAUAUACAUAUAUAAAUAUAUAAUACAUGGAAACCAAGGCCAAUGCCUCAGCCAUUGGAGACUUGAGAGAGAGAGAGAGGGAAAUGGGGGAUUCAAGUGAUUCAGUGUCGGUGGAUAUGGAGGGGGUUUCUCUUGGCGGAAAGGAGCAUCUUGUAAAAACCUGUCUUGGCUAUGUGUCUGUCGCUGUGUUGGGAGAUCAGGACAAGCCAGCUCUUGUCACUUAUCCUGAUUUAGCCCUAAACCAUAUGUCCUGCUUUCAAGGACUAUUAUUUUGUCCAGAAGCAUGUUCCUUGCUGCUCCACAACUUUUGCAUAUAUCAUAUCAGUCCUCCUGGCCAUGAGUUGGGAGCUUCUGCAAUCAGCCUUGAUGAUUCUGUGUAUUCUGUUGAUGAUUUAGUAGAUCAGAUUGCCGAGGUUCUUGAUUUUUUUGGACUUGGUGCAGUGAUGUGUAUGGGGGUUACAGCUGGAGCUUACAUUCUCACCCAGUUUGCUAUGAAAUAUAGAUCACGUGUCAUGGGCUUGAUACUUGUGUCUCCUAUAUGCAAAGCAGCCUCUUGGACUGAAUGGUUGUAUAAUAAGGUGAUGUCGAAUUUACUGUACUUCUAUGGCAUGUGCGGGGUGGUAAAGGAGAUACUGCUUAAGCGGUACUUCAGCAAGGAAGUUCGUGGUGGUGUUCACAUACCAGAGUCAGAUAUAGCUCAGGCAUGCAGAAGGUCGCUUGAUGAAAGGCAGAGUUCAAAUGUUUGGCGAUUUCUUGAAGCAAUGAAUGGGAGACCUGACAUUUCCGAAGGAUUGCGAAAGCUACAAUGCCGUUCACUAAUAUUUGUUGGGGAUAGCUCUCCGUUUCACUCAGAAGCUCUGUACAUGACUUCAAAACUAGACAGACGAUAUAGUGCCUUGGUUGAGGUUCAGGCAUGCGGGUCAAUGGUGACAGAGGAGCAGCCCCAUGCAAUGUUGAUACCAAUAGAGUACUUCCUCAUGGGAUAUGGCUUAUACAGGCCUUCUCAGUCUAGUGUCAGCCCGAGAAGCCCCUUAAGUCCGUCCUGCAUCGCACCGGAGCUUCUUUCACCAGAAAGCAUGGGCUUGAAGUUGAAACCAAUAAAAACUCGGGUUCGGGAUCCUCAUGAGAGAAGUUGAAAAAAGGUUUUGCUGGGAAAAACGGGUUUUUUGUAAUGUAUUCGAGCCAUCUGAGUUUGAGCUAUUGCCUGAUUGGUUGGGGAUUAAGAAAAGAGGGGUUAUCAGCGGUUCUGUAGAUAAAGAAAGAAAGAGAAAGAUACAAGGGAAAAUUGAUAAGGAAAGCAGACAUCAUUUUUUCAUUUGUAGUCCACAAAUGUUAGUUGGGGAGGGGGAGGGCUAGUUUUCUUCUGUAUAUCUUCGAAAUAAUUAUUUAAACAACAAAAAAAAAACGUACAUUACAAUAAUGAUAUCAAAUGGAUGAUGAGCUUGUGCU